AAUACUAAAGAGUUCCUACCGAGUGUUAAAGCGGGCGGUAGACACAGAGAUGGGUUGAAACUGAGAGGAAUCAAGAAAAUGGAGCCACAGUGGACGGAGAAGGAUUUCCUGAGGUGCAGUGGGAGCACCAAGCUUGCCAGAGAGAUGGCCGCGGCUGCUCCCUUCGCCGAUCUCGAUCACGCUGUCCAAUAUGCGAGAGAUAUUUGGUUCAAUAAGGUCGAUGUCAAGGGUUGGCUUGAAGCCUUCGCCGUCCAUCCCGAAAUCGGAGCCACUUCGAAGCCGAUAUCACAGUGGAGUAAGGAGGAGCAGUCCGCUGCGAUGGCGACUUCUGGUGGUUCCACCAUGCAGGAACUAAUUGAGUGGAAUGCUCGGUAUAAGGAGAAAUUUGGAUUUGUAUUUCUUAUAUGCGCUUCUGGAAGGGGCUCGCCGGAAAUUCUAUCUGAGUUGAAGAGACGUUUUGUCAACAGGCCCAUUGUUGAGCUUGAGGCAGCAGCAGAGGAGGAGAUGAAAAUAAUUGAGCUGCGCCUUAAAAAGCUUUUUGAUUCUAAGUUGAGAACAAGCUCCUCACAAACAGCACAAGUAUCUGCUGGUAAACAUGAAGUUCAAAAAGAUCGUAUAGGCGUAAUUGGAGGGCAUCUUAUGGCUGUUGCUAAGGUUCUUUCAGAAAAACCCACUGUAACUGCAGGUCGCACUCGCCCUCCCAUCACCACACAUGUUCUGGACACUGCUCGUGGCUCUCCAGCAUCAGGCCUCGAAGUUCGAUUGGAGAUGUGGAAAGGAGCUCAGAGUUCUCCUUCAAUUGCUGAAAGAGAUUCAAGAAGCUGGGUAUUACAUGGCUCAUCAAUCACAAAUUCCGAAGGUCGCACCAGUCCUCUAAUGGCCAUAACUGAUGACGUCGAGCCUGGAUUUUAUAGAAUGAGCUUCAAUACUGGUAUUUAUAACCCAUCUGGCUUCUUCCCUUACGUCAGUAUUGUGUUUGAGAUCAGGGAAUCACAGAAAUCUGAGCAUUUUCAUGUUCCAUUGCUGCUUUCACCCUUUUCUUUUUCCACAUAUCGUGGUAGUUAAGAGGGGAAGAAGUCGUUUGUAUAAGGGAAGUAACUAUAAAAAUAAUUUGGAAACUGUGGGGUGUGGAAGUAGAGGAUUUUGCUUGAGAGGCAUGCUUGUAACAGCAAUAAUUACUAUGUUUCAAUUGCUUAUGGUCCUGAAAUCAUGAAGAUGAAUUCAAGUAAAACUAACUUUAAUGUGGGCAUUGCUUUUGGUUGUGUAAAAAUUUGUCACUUAAACCCUAAACUAUAUGCUUACACGUCCAAUGAAAAGAUACCGGAACUAUCAUCUUA